AUGGCGCUGAACAGGAACCACACGGACGGCGGGGGUGUCGUAGUUAAUAAUUGUGAGAGUGUUUUGAUGUCCUAUGACCAUGUGGAGCUUACAUUUGGUGACAUGGCAAGCACUGCAGAUGCCUUUAGGGGGACUAAGAAAGGCACGAUAAUGCUGACCCCAUACAGGGUGAUAUUUAUAUCCAAAGGAAGGGAUCCAAUGCAGUCAUUUAUGAUGCCUUUCUACUUGAUGAAGGAUUGUGAAAUCAAGCAACCAGUUUUUGGGGCUAACUUCCUCAAAGGCGUUGUGAAAGCAGAACCUGGUGGUGGCUGGGAAGGCGCUGCCACAUUUAAACUCAACUUUCCAGCUGGGGGAGCUAUAGAGUUUGGACAGUACAUGUUACAGGUGGCCUCUCAAGCUUCAAGAGGAGGACCUCCAGGAGGUGGAUUUCCUUAUAUGCCUAAUGGAGGUUAUGCCUACCCACCUCCAGCAGCCAAUGGUAUCUAUCCUCCCUCUCCUGCUGCUGCUGGGUAUCCUUUUCCACCACCACCUACAGAAUUCUACCCAGGACCUCCAAUGCAAGACAGUUCGAUGGCAUAUAUGCACCCACCUCCUCCUCCUUACCCAGGCCCUAUGCAGACUCUCUCAGCUUCUGCCCCUGACUUGCCUUCUACUCCAGCAGCUGAGGCCAAGGCUGCGGAGGCAGCUUCCAGCGGAUACAGCAGUACCAACCCUCCCAAUGUUUUCAUGCCAAUGGAUUUUCCUCCACCUCCUCCUUACUUUCCACCGGAUCAAAAGAAAAACCAAUAA